AUGCCUCUGCCCGGCUGGCUCCUGCCUGUCCUGGUCCUGCUCGUGGCUGGGCCCCUAGGCUGGACCGGGGUCCCCAGCAACUGCAGGGCCCCCCGCGAGGCCACAUGCAACUUCGUGUGUGACUGCCCAGGCUGCUCCGACGAGACCCGCUGUGGUUACCACGGAGCCUCGCCUGCUCUGGACGCCCCCUUCGCCUGCAACUUCGAGCGGGACCCGUGCGGCUGGCAGGACAUCAGCACCUCGGGCUACAGCUGGCUCCGAGACAGGGCAGGAGCCUCCCUGGAGGUUCUGGGACCUCGCUCAGACCACACGCUCGGCACGGACCUUGGCUGGUACAUGGCUGUCGGCACCCAUCGUGGCAGAGAGACCUCCACAGCCGUCCUGCGCUCCCCUGUCCUGCGCAAUACAGCCCCCACCUGUGAGCUGAGGCUCUGGUUCAACGCGGCCUCUGGAGAUGUGGCUGAACUGCGGCUAGAGCUGACCCACAGGGCCGAGACCUUGACCCUGUGGCAGAGCUCCGGGCCCUGGGGCCCAGGCUGGCAGGAGCUGGUGGUGGCCACUGGCCGUAUCCAGGACGACUUCCAGGUGACCUUCUCUGCCACUCGAAAUGUGACCCACAGGGGUACCGUGGCCUUGGACGAUGUUGUCUUCAGGGGCUGUGGGCUGCCCACCCCCCAGGCACAAUGCCCUCUGGGGCAUCACCAUUGUGGAAACAUGGCCUGUGUGGAGUCCCACCAGUUAUGCGACGGAGAGGACAACUGUGGGGACGGCUCAGACGAGGACACGCCCGCCUGCCGCCACCACACCACCACCGACUUUGAGACGGGCCUGGGCCCAUGGAACCACUCAGAGGGCUGGGCCCGGAACCACAGUGCCGGCGCCGAGCAUCCAGCCUGGCCACGCCGGGACCACAGCCGGAACAGCAUACAGGGCUCCUUCUUGGUCUCCGUGGCCGAGCCCAGUGCCCCCGCCGUCCUCUCCAGCCCCGAGUUCCAAGCAUCGGGGGCCCACAACUGCUCGCUCAUCUUCUAUCACUACCUGCACGGGUCCGUGGACGGCUCCCUGCAACUGUUCCUGCAGACCCGGAGCCCGGGCCCCCCCCAGGUCCCCGUCCUGCUGCGCAGGCGCCGUGGGGAGCUGGGGGCCGCCUGGGUCCGAGACCGGGUGGACAUCCAGAGCCAGCACCCCUUCCGGAUACUGCUCACUGGGCACACCGGCCCAGGUGGCGUUGUGAGCCUGGAUGACCUCAUCCUGUCGGACCACUGCCAGCCAGUCCCAGACAUGUCCACCCCGCCCCCUGGGCUCUGGGCCCCGGCCCCUGGGCCCCAGCUGUCCAGCCUGCCGCCCCAGGACUUCUGCGAGCCAGGACAUCUUCCAUGUGGGGACCUGUGUGUCCCCCCAGAGCAGCUCUGCGACUUCCAGCACCAGUGCGAGGGGGGCGAGGACGAGCAGGAAUGCGGCACCACGGACUUCGAGCCCCCCGAGGCCGGGGGCUGGGAGGACGCCAGUGUGGGACGGCUGCAGUGGGGGCGUCUCCAGGCCCAAGAGAGUGGAGGCCCUGGCGCAGAUGGCGGCAGGGCUGCUGCGGGGCAUUUCCUGUCCUUGCAGAAGGCCUGGGGACAGCUGACACCAGAGGCCCGGGUCCUCACACCUCCCUUGGGCCCCUCGGGCCCCCGCUGUAAGCUCCGCGUGGCUUACUAUUUCCACAGUGACCCCCGAGAGGUCUCCUGUAACUUUGAGCGGGACACUUGCGGCUGGCACUCCGGCCACCUCACAGAUGCCCACUGGCGCCGAAUCCAGAGCCGUGGGCCUGGGUACGACCACACCACGGGCCAAGGCUACUUCUUGCUCCUGGAUCCCACGGACCCCCCGGCCCGGGGCCCCGGGGCCCACCUGCUCACCCAGCCCCAGGCCCCAGCAGCCACCCAGGAGUGUCUCUCCUUCUGGUACCACCUCCACGGGCCCCAGAUCGGGACGCUGCGCCUGGCAGUGAAGCGGGAAGGAGAGGCAGAAACCCUCCUGUGGUCGCGGAGCGGCACCCACGGCAACUGCUGGCACGAGGCCUGGGCCACCCUGCACCACCAGGCGGGCUCCGGCGCCAAGUACCAACUGCUGUUCCAGGGCCUCCGAGACGGCUACCACGGGACCAUGGCACUGGACGACGUGGCCAUGCGGCCUGGGCCCUGCUGGGCCUCCAGGCGGUGCUCCUUUGAGGACUCGGACUGUGGCUUCUCCAGCAGCGGCCAAGGCCUCUGGACACGACAGACCAAUGCCACGGGCCAUGCCUCCUGGGGCCCCCGCACCGACCACACCACAGAGACGGCUCAGGGACACUACAUGGUGGUGGACACGAGCCCACACGCCCUGCCCCGUGGCCAUGUGGCCUCCCUGACCUCAGAGGAGCACCGGCCUCUGACCCAGCCCGCCUGCCUGACCUUCUGGUACCACCUGAGCCUCAGAAGCCCAGGCACCCUGCAGGUCCACGUGGAGGAGGCCGGGAGGCAGCAGGUGCUCAGCCUCAGUGCCCACGGGGGCUUUGCCUGGCGCCUGGGAAGCGUGGACGUGCAGGCUGAGAGGGCCUGGAGGGUGGUAUUUGAGGCGGUCGCUGCUGGUGUGGAGCGGUCCUACAUCGCACUAGACGACCUGCUGCUCCAGGAUGGGCCCUGCCCCCGGCCAGCUUCCUGUGACUUCGAGGUCGGCCUGUGUGGCUGGAGCCAUCUGCCCUGGCCUAGCCUGGGAGGGUUUAGCUGGGACUGGAGCAGUGGGGCCACGCCCUCCCGGUACCCCCAGCCCCCCGUGGACCACACUCUGGGCACAGAAACAGGCCACUUUGUUCUCUUUGAAACCGGUGUGCUGGGCCCAGGGGGCCGGGCGGCCUGGCUACGCAGCCAGCCUCUGCCUGCCACCGAGUCCUCCUGCCUCCGAUUCUGGUACCACAUGGGUUUUCCGGAGCACUUCUACAAGGGGGAGCUGAGGGUGAUCCUGAACAGCGAGCGGGGCCAGCUGACCGUGUGGAGUGCCGGCGCACACCGGCGGCACCAGUGGCUGGAAGGCCACGUGGAGGUGGUCAGUGCCGAGGAGUUCCAGAUCGUGUUUGAAGCCACACUAAGCGGCCAGCCGGCCCUUGGGCCCAUCGCGCUGGACGACGUGGAGUAUCUGGCUGGGCAGCCCUGCCAGCGGCCCACAUCUAGCCAAGGGGACACAGCACUGGCCGCGUCGGUGCCAACCAUCAUUGGCAGCGCCCUCCUCGUGCUCAUCGUCCUGGUGCUGACUGGACUUGGGGGAUGGCGCUGGUUGCAGAAAAAGGGGAGCUGCCCCUCCCAGGCCGAGACAGCAGCCGUGGCCCCGGGCUUCGACAACAUCGUCUUCAAUGCGGAUCAUGUCACCCUGCCGGCUUCGCUCACCGACCCCUAGUAGAUGGCCCAGAGACUGGCUCCCCAGACAAGCACACCCACUCCGACCGCAGCCCUGUCCAGGGAAUAACACCUGCCUCUCCCCCAGGAUCCCUGGAGCCCCCAGGCUGUCACCCUGCACAGAGACUGCCACCCACAUGCCUGGGGACUGUCCUCACCCCAACAAUAAAUGCCCUCGCCUGUGAGGGCAGCCCCCACUUACUGGCUGAGGUCCGUGCCUCCUGCUGUGUCAGCAGCAAAGAGGGCUCCCAGGGCUCCGCAGCUGAAAGGAUGUGCCUGGGGGUGCCUCCCACACAUCUCAGGGACUCGGUGACCACACCCGACAGGACCCAGGGCAAGAGGCACAGAGACAGACACAGUACACCCUGAUAAGCCCCUGCCCCAGGCCCGGCAGGCACCUCAACACUCAGGUGGCCCGGCCCAGCCCAUGGGAUC